AUGACGCGAUUCGAGAUGGAUGAUGACGAGGUGGAGGAGGAGGGGGGCGGGGAGGAUCUGGAGGAGCUAGAGGAGGGGGUGCUGGAUGUGAUUGUAGGGGAGAGUGACUAUGAAGACGAGGAGGAGGAAGAGGAAGAGGAGGAAGAGGAGGAGGAAGAGGAGGAGGAGGAGGAGGAGGAGGAGGGAGGGGAGGGGAUGGGGAUGGAGGGGAUGAGCAUGAGCGAGAGAGUGCAUCAGCUGCAGAUGCGAGUGCAGCAAGCUCAGUAUGCCACCGCUGCUGGUGCUGGUGCAGGUGGUGGUGCGGUGAUCACGGCUCGUGAUCUGGCCAGGCUGUUCGACCACCCCAUUGACAAGUUCCAGAGCCUAACCCUUCCGCCUCUCCCCCAUCCCCACACCUCCCUCUCCCUCCUGCGGCGAGUGAAGACAGAGGCGUUUCUGCGGGGCUCAUCAGUGGUGGUGAGUGCGCCCACCCGCAGUGGCAGGACACUCGUGAGGGAGGCAGCAGCAGUGUUGAACCCUCAUCCAACCCCAACCCCAAACUCUACCUCCCUACAGCGAGUGGCGAUAGUGGCCUUCCUGCGGACCUGCGUUCCUGCGAGGCUCAUCAGUGGUGGUGAGUGCGCCCACCCGCAGUGGCAGGACACUUGUGGGGGAGGCAGCGGCAGCACUGGCCGCAACCAAUCCUGUCCUGAUUCUCUCUCUUUAACCCCCAUCCCUUCCUUUCCAACAGCAAGUGCCAAAAGAGGCAUUCCUGCGGGGAUCGUCAGUGGUGGUGUAGCGAGUGGCGAGAGAGGGGUUUCUCCGUGGCUCAUCAGUGGUGGUGUGUGCGCCGCGCCCAGCAGCAGCGGCAAGACACUUCGAGUGGCGAUAGAGGCCUUUCUGCGAGGGUCGUCAGUGGUGGUGUGUGCGCCCACCAGCAGCGGCAAGACACUGGUGGGGGAGGCAGCAGCAGCAGCCACGAUGGCGAGGGGAGGGCGCCUCAUCUACACCACGCCGCUCAAAGCCCUCUCCAACCAGAAACUCCGGGACUUCAGGGUGAAGUUUGGGGAGGGCAACGUGGGGCUGCUGACUGGUGACGUGGCAGUGAACCGAGACGCGCCCAUCCUCGUCAUGACCACUGAAAUCCUGCGCAACAUGCUCUACACCAGGUGUGGUAUGACUAUAGCAAGGCGAGAUGCUCUGCUACAGGUGUGGUGUGUGACAGCGAGAUGCUCUGCAACAGGUGUGGUGUGUGACUAUAGCGAGAUGCUCUGCAACAGCAUGGGGGCGGGCGAGGCGGAGGAACAGAGGCUGAGGGGAGUGGAGGCGGUGGUUCUGGACGAGGUGCACUACCUGUCGGACAUCUCAAGGGGCACUGUGUGGGAGGAGACGGUGAUCUACUGCCCCAAGUCCAUUCAGCUAGUGUGCCUCUCCGCCACAGUCGCCAACCCUGAUGAGCUUGCAGACUGGAUUGGCAGGGUGCAUGGGCGCACGGAGCUCGUCACCUCACAGCACCGCCCGGUACCGCUCAAGUGGCACUUCUCCACACGUUUCCGCAUGCUGCCUCUCCUUGAUAACCGUGGCCGUGACAUCAACCCUCAGCUGCUGCUGCGCCCUUCUGGUGACCCGUUUUUGGAGGAGCUGCAGUCCGGUAGGAUGCUGCCACGUGGCAGUGGCAGAUCCUUCCAACGGUGGGAUGCGGAUGACCAAAGCAGCAGCGGCGGCAGUGGCAAGCGAGGGAAGGAAUCUAAGGGUUUCGCAGGGAGAGCAGACAGAGACGCAGGGAGAGUAGGCAAGAAGGGCAGCAAGAACGGGAAGGGGAUCGCAGCAGCUUUGUCUCGUAGUGGGGGAGGGUUAGCCGAGCUGGUGGGGAGGGGGCGGCGGGGGGAGGCGAAGAACCGAGUAGAGGAGCUGUCGGCGCAGCAGGUGCAGCAGCAGUGGCGGCGGCAGGUGCCGCGGGUGAGAGACACUCUGGAGCAGCUGAGAAAGAAGGACAUGCUCCCCGCCAUCUGGUUCAUCUUCAGUCGGCGAGGCUGCGACACGGCCGUGUCGUUUGUCCGAGACACCAACCUGCUGUCGCCCCGUGAACAGGUUGGUGGGCCAUCCAUGGGGCAGCAGCAGCCAGAGGGAGUGACAGAGGGGGCAGCAAAUGAGGAGGUGGCAGAAGCGAUAGCAGCGCUGAGGCAGCAGCAGCCGGAGGCGGUGAGGGAGGGGGCGGUGGAGGCGCUAAAGAAGGGAGUGGCGGCACACCAUGCGGGGUGCCUGCCACCCUGGAAGGGGUUCGUGGAGGACCUCUUUCAACGCGGGCUGGUCAAGGUGGUAUUCGCAACAGAGACACUGUCAGCGGGCAUCAACAUGCCAGCGCGAAUCACUGUGCUCUCUCGGCUAUUUCCUCUAUCCCUCCCCUCCUCCCCAGUCCCCACUCCUCUCUCCUCCUCCCCCCCUCCCUCCCCACCUUCGCCUUCCUCCCACCAGGUGGUGUUCGCCACAGAGACACUGUCAGCGGGCAUCAACAUGCCUGCGCGCACCACUGUGCUCUCUGCUCUCUCCAAGCAUCUGGGCGGGUAUGGAUGCAUGGUGCUGGGUGUGAUAGAGGGGAAACGCCGGUCGCAGCCUGCUCUCAGCCGGUCGCAGCCUGCUCUCAGCCAAAGCGAUGCUGCAGAUGGCGGGGCGUGCGGGCAGGAGGGGCAAGGACAGGCAGGGGCACGUGGUGGUGGUGCAGACGCCCUUUCAUUCCCCUUCCCUCUCCUCCUCUCACCUUUCCCUUCCACUCCCCCUCACCUCGUGCGCAGGGGUAACGCGGGUCGCAGUCUCCUCUCAGCCACCGCGCUGCUACAGAUGGCAGGGCGGGCGGGCAGGAGGGGCAGGGGCACGUGGUGGUGGUGCAGACACCCUUUCAUUCCCCUCUCACCUUCCCCUUCCACUCCCCCUCACCUUGUGCACAGUGGUAAUGCGGGUCGCAGUCUGCUCUCAGCAAACGCAAUGCUGCAGAUGGCGGGGCGGGCAGGGAGGCGGGGCAAGGACAGGCAGGGGCACGUGGUGGUGGUGCAGACGCCCUUUGAGGGCGCGCAGGACUGCUGCCGCCUGCUGCUGGGGGGGGCUGACCCGCUUGUGUCUCAGUUCACGGCCACCUAUGGCAUGGCGCUCAACCUGCUGGGGGUGAGUUCCAUUCCAUUCCAUGGGGUGGCUCACUCAGAGUGUUUGUAUGUGCCUGUGGUGUGGUGUGGCGCUCGCUCAAUCUCAGAGCACACAGGGGCAGGGGCACGCAAUGUGGUGGUGGUGGUGCAGACGCCCUUCGAGGGCGCUCAGGAUUGCUGCCGCCUGCUGCUGGGAGGGGCUGACCCCCUCGUCUCCCAAUUCACCGCCACCUAUGGCAUGGCACUCAAGCUGCUGGGGGGCGCUCCUGUUUGGCAGGAGAAGACAGAGGCGGGCAGUGGUACGGGCGCAGAUGGAGGUGACUCAAACGAGGGUGCCUCUACCAGCAACGGCGCUGCAGGCGAGCCUGCAGUAGCUGCUGCAGGGGAGGAGGGCGAAGCAGCAGAGGCGUCAGCGGCAGCAGCGGCAGAGCCGGUGACGGCAGUGGCGGUGCGGCGGGGGCGCAGCAUGGAAGAGGCGAAGGCGCUGAUAGAGAGGAGCUUUGGGAACUACCUGGCGAGCGAGAGCAUGGUUGGGAGGCAGAGCAUGGUUGGGAGGCAGAGCAUGGUUGGGAGGCAGAGCAUGGGGGGGAGGCAGAGCAUGGUUGGGAGGCAGAGCAUGGUUGGGAGGCAGAGCAUGGGUGGGAGGCAGAGCAUGGGUGGGAGGCAGAGCAUGGGUGGGAGGCAGAGCAUGGGUGGGAGGCAGAGCAUGGAUGGGAGGCAGAGCAUGGGUGGGAGGCAGAGCAUGGGUGGGAGGCAGAGCAUGGGUGGGAGGCAGAGCAUGGUUGGGAGGCAGAGCAUGGUUGGGAGGCAGAGCAUGGGUGGGAGGCAGAGCAUGGGUGGGAAGCAGAGCAUGGGUGCAUGA